AUGAAUCCUUACAAGAUUCUUUCCGAUAACCUUGAUAAACCUGAUAUCGAUGAUAGAGAUUAUAGAUUGAUUCAGUUACCUAACAAGUUGGUUGCCUUACUAAUUCAUGACCCCACAGCCGAUAAGUCUGCCGCCGCAUUGGACGUCAAUGCUGGUGCAUUCAACGAUCCACCGGAGUUACCAGGUUUGGCUCAUUUUUGUGAGCACUUGCUUUUCAUGGGAACUGAGAAGUACCCCUCUGAGAACGAGUACGGCUCCUAUUUGUCUAAGAACUCUGGUUUUUCCAAUGCCUACACCUCCUCGCUGCAUACAAACUUUUACUAUGAAGUAGCCAAUCCUGCCAUGGAAGGUGCCAUUGAUAGAUUUGCUCAGUUUUUCAUUUGUCCCUUGUUUUCUCCUUCUGGUAAAGAUAGAGAAAUCAACGCUGUCGACUCUGAGAAUAAGAAAAACCUUGAGAAUGAUAGCUGGAGAUUAUACCAGCUUUCCAAAUCUUUAACGAGUCAGUAUCAUCCCUACCAUGGCUUUUCCACGGGUAAUAAAGUCACCUUGGGUGAAGUCCCAUUAAAAAAUGGUCUUGAUGUCAGAGAGGAGUUACUUAAGUAUCACAAGACUCAUUAUUCUGCCAAUCUAAUGCGGUUGGUUGUUCUUUCCAACGAGAAAUUGGAUACUUUAACCGAUUGGACAGUUGACAAGUUUUCUUCAGUUGUCAAUAAAGACCUUCCAAAACCUUUCUACUUUAAGUCUCCUUACAAAGAUAGCUGUUACAACGGUACUAUGCUUGUCAAAGCAAAGCCAAUCACGGAAAUGAGAGCUUUGCAACUAAGUUUUCCCGUGCCAGAUAGUAACCCUUACUGGGAAUAUCUACCUUCAAAAUAUUUGUCUCAUCUUAUUGGCCAUGAGUCCAAGGGUUCUUUGUUGUAUAGUCUCAAAGAAAAGAAGUGGGCUACUAGUUUGAAUGCUGGUGCGAUGAAUGUAUCCAGCGGCUUCUCGGAGUUUGGUAUUGACAUCGAACUUACCAAGCAGGGCCUUACUCAUUACGAGGAGAUUAUUCAGGAAAUCUUUAAGUAUAUCAAGAUGUUACAGGUUGAAGGCCCUCAAGAAUACAUUUAUAAUGAAUUGCGAGAUCAAUCCAUAUCAGCUUUCAAGUUUAGGCAAAAGUUUGGUUCUAGUGCCACGGCUUCUAAGCUUGCAUCCACUUUACAUGAUUUGAGUUACUAUGAUACCUCACUUUCUGAUGCCAAGAUGGAUAUACCUGAAAGUACCAGACCUUCUGUUGCUGAAAUCCCUGUUGAGCAUUUAUUGAGUCUGCCUGUUGUUCGAAAAUUUGAUCCCGAAUUAAUCAGCACUUACAGCUCCUAUUUGAAUCCUGAGAACUUCAAAUCUAUGUUGGUAGCUAAGGAGUCUUUUGAAGGUCCCAGUGAUGACGGCAUCUUGCAUGAGAAAUGGUACGAAACAGAAUAUAAGAUGGAAAACUUUGAGCCUAAGCUGUUGGAAAGCAUUAAAGAUAUUUACUAUAAGGGUAAGAAUCUCGAUGCUGCUUACAAGCUUCCCGAGCAUAACAGCUUCAUUCCGACAGACUUCAGCUUGGUGAAAUCCUCCGAUUCUGUAGAAAAUCAUCCUAAACUGAUCUCAGCUGACCAGAAGAGGAAAGUUUGGUAUAAGCUGAAUACCAAAUUGGGGGGUCCACGUUCUUCGUUGGUGUUCAAGUUCAAUCUUCCUGGUGCCACUUCUACCCCACUCAAUUCCUUGUUGUUGUCAUUGUUUAUCGAAUUGUUGGAUGAUGACUUGAGUAGCGUUUCUUACCUUGCAGCUAUCGCUGGCUUGUCGCAAGAAUUCAAUAUGGCAAGAGAUGGUAUUACUCUUGAGAUUCAUGGCUACUCGCAUAAAUUGGAAAUCCUUCUUGAAAGAUUAAUUGAUAGAGUGAUCAAAUUCACUGAUCCCGCAUUUACUGCAGAGAUUUGGGAUGAGGACAGAAAGGCAAGAUUCGAGGUUUUGCGUGAGAAAGUGUCCAAGAACUUGAAGAAUUUCGGUUACUCUGUUCCGUAUAACCAAGUUGGACCUAUGAUCUCGUCUCUAAUUAACGAGAACUCGUGGCUUGUAGCCGAUCAAUUGGCUGUUUAUGAAGCCGUCAACUUUGAUACACUUAGGAACUUCUCGGCAAACCUAUUUAAUGUUUGUUUCAUUGAGGUUCUUGCGUUAGGCAACUACGACAAGGAUCAAGCUUCUCGUAUUUGUGAUAUGGUCUCUUCAAAGUUUCAUAAGUCAAUCACUUUGAGCGAAUCUCAAUUUACUAGGGGUAGAACUUUAGAUUUACCAAAGAGUAAGACUUACAACUACCUGAAGGCUAACGACGAUGUCAAGAAUAUCAAUUCAUGUAUUGAAGUUUACAAGCAAAUUGGAAUGAUUUCCUCUAGCAGGGAUAGGGUUAUGGCUGAGUUGGUGUCUCAAAUAAUUCAUGAGCCUUUCUUCAACCGAUUGAGAACCAAGGAGCAAUUAGGAUACGUUGUGUUCUCUGGGUUACGGGAGACACGGACCACUUUUGGAUUAAGGUUUUUGGUACAAAGUGAGAGAGCUACUCCGUACCUUUAUGAGAGAAUUAGAUGCUUUGUCAUCAAGAUGGGACAUGUCAUUGACAGUAUGAAGGAGAGUGAGUUUAAGAAGCAUGUCGAUGCCGUUGUUACUCGGAAAUUGCAGAAGGUGAAGAAUUUGAGAGAGGAAAGAACAAGAUUCUGGAAUAGAAUAGCCUCUGGUUACUAUGAUUUUGAUAGACGAGAACAGGAUGUUGCUUUAUUGAAGAGUUUCACAAUAGGUGAGCUUAGAAGAUAUUAUAAGACUCAUGUUUUGGACGAGAGUGUCAGCGGUAAGUUGAUAAUCCAUUUACAGAGCCAACUUAUUCCAGAGCAAUCGAAAUCCGCUAUCAUUAAAAGCUCGAUUUCGAACUUUUUAUUCGAUUAUCCUGAAUUUGACAAGCUCGAGUACGAUCAGAAUGAUAUCAAUAAGCUUGUGGAUCAGAAAUUUAAAGAUGAGGAUACCGAUGUUGGUGAACUGCUCGACGAAAUAGUCCAAGAUGAAUCAUUCACUCAAAAGUUUGCAUCGUUUAACUAUGCCAAUGAGUUGAAGAGGUAUGUUUUGAAUGAACUAUCGAAGGAUUAUUCCAAGGUGAAGACAGGAGAAAGCGAUGUGAUCAUUGAGCAGACUGGUGAAUGGAAGUGCGGUAUUCCAUUAACGGCAGCUCCAUCUGCUAAAAUGUUACCGGAGUAUUUGGACAGGGAUCUUGUUGACCCAAAGUUGUAA